AGAGAUAUUUUAAAUAAGAUUUGUACCUUUAACAAUACAUUAACGAAACCUCUCCUUGGUUUUUGUGUAUCCUAAAGAGAUUUGUUUUAGUCCAAAGAAAAACUUUGUAAAACAUUCAGAAAGCCUGAACUUUAUUUUAAGAGCUUCAGACCUUCUAAUAGAUCAAAGUCCACACUUAAAUUUAUACAAAAAUCUGACUUGAAAAUAAAAGUCCACACACUGCCUUCCUGAUCUUACUGAACUUCACGUAAGUUGCACGAGGUUGGGCAAAAAUUUCAGCCACUCAAUUUAAAAGGCAGAUGUGUCACAUAUCAAAAGAGGUAAUAUUUGUGUGUUGCAAUUUUGCAUACAGCAAAUUAAAAAUGUAGCUCCUUUCAAUUAGACAUAGUCUUUAGGAACACAGUUGCUGGCCUGUGUUAACCUUUUUCCAAUCUGUGAUCCACACUGCAUAGGGCUCUUCAGCCUGUAUGGCUCAGAUUCCCAUAAAUCAGAUGGCAGUAACACCUGCAGCUAAUUUGUAUCAGGCAUUAUUUUUUGCCUAAGCCUGUAAGAGACCUUCAUAUUUUAAUUGACUAAAUUUAUAUCGAAAAAAAAACAAAAAAACUUGGAAUUUAGGAGUAAAACCAAUCAUGUUUUAGUCCAAAUACUGUGGCUUACACUAAAUUUUUAAAAAGUCUAAAAAUAAAACAUGACAUACAAAUGGGGAGCUAAUAUGUUCACAGUUAUCACUAAUAACGUUUUUUUUUUGUUUUUUUUUUCCAGCGGUGCAGUAUUUUAUUUUAUUUUUUUGCAUACUCAAUAGAAUAAAUGUCUACUUUCAAAGGUCAUAGAGCUCGCAUGGUUGUGCUCAUAAAUAGCUCCAUUCUCACCGUGAGCGGUGCACGUGGCGGGCUGCCAUGGCGGGGGGUCAGCCACUCCCAGCGCCAGCCAGGCCUCACGCCCCCCUCUUCAUUCCGAAUUUGACAAAAUCACACCGCUCUGUCACGCCUCCUUUUCUUCAUCCGACUCCUCCGUGUAGCUUAUCGGUUCCGCCGCGUCAGUUAGGCCCCGGUCCGUUUUCACAGCGUCAGAAGUUGGUCAGGGCUCUCGCCGCGGCUCGUCUCUGUUUGACCCGCAGGCUGUUUGGAUAUCACCUCUGUGCCUGACUGGAACAUCGUGUCCUUGACAUAAAGGGGAAUAAUGACAGCCAAGCACCGAAAAGGGAAAAACAACCACAAACAGGAGGAUAACUUUUUUAAAAGUGAGCUCUUGGAGACAGAAGUUCGCCCCGGUGGGAACAACCACACUCAUCUGCUGGUUUUAGUUUCGGUCGUUGUGAUCGGAUGGGUCGCCGGUGCAUGUUUUUUUUUCCAGCAGCACCUAACUUUAACUGACCUAACAGACAACGUCAUGGGCAUUCAGGUGAAAAUAGCCAAACUGCAGUCUUCUCACGAGGAGCUGAGGCUGUCAAAUACAAAGCAACAUGUUUCAGAGAACGUGAACACACGACUGGCUUCCUUGGAGGAGUCUUAUGCACUGACUCAGAAACAGGUGGGCAUGGCUUUGGCUACGGCCGAGCAGCUGAAGACGUCCGACCUCCCUGCUCAGGUGCUGUCUUUGCACACCGAGAUGAAAACCCGUCUGGCAGAAGUACAGCAAGCCACCGUGUCUCUGGAGCAACUGAGCCAGUUGCAGAGCACGCUGACGGGGAAGAGCGUGGAGUUUGAGGACAUCAGGUUGCAGAUGGAGGAUUUGGCUGCUCUGAGCUGGGAGCUGUCCCACAAGGUUGAGGGCUUGUCUUUGAACUUUGCUGAAGCUGAAUCAAAGAUGGAAGAAAAGAUUGCCCAGAUUACCACAAUGACCGCUACCUUGGAUAAACAGACCAGUGAGGUGUUGAAACUGAAAAAUCAACUGGACACUUACCAGGCACCGCUGGUGGAAACUGCUCAACUCAGAGCGUUCCUUGAACGUAAGGGGUCCCAGCUGUUCCUGAAGGCCAGUGAAGAGGAGCAGGUGGAAGACCAGAUACAGCCUCCUGCUGAGCAUCUUGAAAGGAAAGAGGCAGAUGACGCUGAGGAAAAAGCAGUGGCCGAGGAUGAAGAGGUAACUGACGAUGAAGAAGAAUUGGCUGCAGCUGAUGAUGAAGAAGACGAAAAGGCGGCUGAAGCUGCUGCGGAGCAAACGGCAGCUGCAGAGACUGAGGAGGAAGAAGAGAUUAUGGCAGCUGAAAAGAACCAGGUAGCUGAAGCAAGUGAGGAACAAGUAGACAAUGCCGGCACAAGUGAAGAAGAAAAAGAGCCUGCAGAACUUGAUGAGAAGCAAAUAGAGGAGGAAACGGAACCUGAUGAAGAAAAGGAAGUUGCAGAACGUGAUGAGGAAGAGGAGGAGGCUGCAGAAYGUGAUGAGGAAGAGGAGGAGGCUGCAGAACUUGUACAACAUGGUGAGGAAGCUGCCGAACCUGAGAAUCAAGAGGAGGCUACCAAAAUCGAGGAGCAAUUGGAGGAUGUUGUCAAAUCUGAGGAGCAAGUAGAAGAGGCUGCUGAACCUGAAACUGAAGACCAGGAACCUGCUGAGGAAGAGGAAGCUCCCUCAACUGAGGAAUUAGAAGAGGUAGCUGCAGCACCUGGAGAGGAGGACACAGAAAAAACUCCAGAAGACGCACUUCCAGCAGCUGAAGAUGGACAGGAACCAUCUUCAGAGAAAGAAUCAGGAGCGUCUUUGCCACAGGAGGAAUAUGCAGCAGCAGAUGAACAACAUUCAUCUCCUGUUGAGCAGAAAGACGGAGAGAUGGAAGAAACCACUCCUGAAGAGGAGGGAAAUGACACGGAGCACGAAGAGUUGAUUGCUGGGUCAGAAAGCAAGACAGAUUAUGAAGAAAAAGUUCAGGAGAAAUCAGCGCUGGAGGAGAAACCAGAGGCAGAGGAGGAUAAAAAUGGCAAAAUAAAAGAGAUGACUGAAGAACACCAAGAACUACCUGCUGAAGAGGAGCCACAGGAGGCAGAAGAAGAAGAAGAAGAGUUAUCGGAAGAAUUUCCUUUUCUAGAAAAUAAAUGAAGCAAGUAAGAAAAUCACUUUUGAGUUCCAUAAAUUAAUUUAUUGGACUCAGUGAAUUGAAAAUCCAACGUCUUGUGAUAUUAUUCACUCCUUGAACAUGUUUGUCAUGUUAGGUUUUAUGUGGCAGACCAACACAGAGUACUAUUUAAUGUAAAUUGGAAGGGAAUAAAUAUGAGGCUUUCAAACUAAAAUUUUGACAAGUAUGCUAUUAUUUUAUUACAUUUAAAAACCUUCGUAAGUCCAUCUACAAAUUAAACGUUUUGUACUAGCUCUUUAGAAAAAUUGCUCAAGCACAUUCAGAAUUUCAGCUUUUUUUGAAAACCUGAGAUCUCGCCUUAUCUUUUUUUUUUUUUUUUGCAUUUGGCUCCGUCCAUCUUCCCAUGAACUCUGACCAGCUUCCGUGCUUCUAGUGACUUUCCUUCAAAAAUGCCAUGUUUUACUUUUGUCUUCAUGAUGCUUUUUAUUCACCGGAGUUCUCUAACAGACCUCUGAUACCUUCACAGAGCAGCUGUAAUAUUAUUGAGAUUAAAUUAGAUAAAAGUGACUAUUUAUUUAUUUAUUAGAUCACCCCUGGAAGCAAUUCUUUAAUUGGAUGUUCUUUGGCUAUAUUGGAGUAAAGGGGGUAUAAAUGCAAGGUCUCACCUUUUCAUUUUUUUGUACAAUAUUGAAAACCUUGUUUUGUUUUUGUUGGUCUGUCACUUAAAAUUGACUAAAAUGACAAACAAUGAAAAUGUUUGGGUGUGAAUAUAUCGUAAGACAGACACAGACUACUUUUGAGACGAUGCCCCUUCUGUUACAUUUUUUAUGUGCUCUGAUCUUUGUUACAGGUGUGGAUGAUUUUUUUUGUUGUUGUUGUUGGUAUGCUGAAGAAAUCCCCCAAGAAGAAUGGGAACUUUUUCAGACUGUCUACACCAUGACAAAAUGCCGUUUUUGUUUAGUUGUGUUUGAAGGCAGAUGACGUUUAUAAGGCAGACCAAAUCAGAGUGCACUGGGCUGGAGAUUAAGUGAAACUAAAAACAUCAAAAUGAUGAAAUUUAGUUGUUUUUUUUUCUUUAUGUUUGCCUCUCAGUAACAGUGUCAAAAGCCUUAAUUCAUAACAGAGUUACCUUUUCAAAGAAAAUGAUCCAUUCUUCUUAAGUCCCACUUUUCCCAUCAUGUCUCUGCACAACCUGAAAGGUUUAACCAAGUAACAUAAGAAGCCAUUGCAUAAGCUUUUUCGGUGCAAUAAAAUCCCAUGCGGCUUUCUCUCGGUAAUUCAGCUGACAAAGUGGGAGUCAUCUAUUAUAUGGAUUCAUUACACACAGCGUUAUGUUUUGCAAGCAUUUAUUUCUGCUACUUUUUAUAAUUGCGGCUUACAGCUAAUGAGAACUGRAAAUYAAAUCUCAUGUCCUGGUUAUGCUUGUUGGAAGCUCUGCCAAASUCUUUAAUKGGUUUGCAUCACUGUCCUCUCAAGACUACGUCCCAUGUUGUUUGUGCAUCUCUCUUUUUUAACCACACUUCUUUCCUUUUAUUCAGUUUUCCUUUAAUAGCCAUUAAUAUAUGAACACGGAGUUGAUUUUUCUGCUGCUUUAAUGCACUGCAUUCUGUGAACAGUCAGCUUUAUUAUCAUUUUUUGGAUGCUUUCUUGUGGAGAGAGGUAACGGCUUUCUGCUGAACACCAAUCAGACAGCAGUCUUCACUGCAUGACUGCGUACAUCAAACGGUGCCCUUAGCACAACAUUACUGUGCUAAAACCCUUUUUUGUCUGUGCUCAUAUGUGAUAUGUAUGUAUAUUUUUUUUCUUUCUGAAUUUGAAUUUGGGUUCUCAACCAUCAAACUGAACAGAAAUAAAUACUUGAAAAAUAUCAGUAAAAUGAAUCUAAUAAAAUAGUGGAAUUAAUUGUAAAGUAUUGACUUUGAAAUAUGACGUAAUAUAUUUUACUAAGAUGUACAUGYAUAGUUCAAGCUAGAUUUAUAUACUCAAGAUGGUCAAAGAAGUCGAUCGACUUAUUUCUUCAGCAGUAUUUUAUGACUUCUUAUUUAUAAUUUAGUUUACUGUACAAUGGGUGGAUUUACUCGGAGUGAAUACUGUUUCAUGCAGCCUUUAAUUGGCACAGUGAAGAAGCUCAGGGACAAAUCAUUCUUUACAUAGAUAGCUGUACGGCCACCGCUGAACUAUAGCAACGUUAUGAUGCCAAACAUUAAGCACACUUCAACAAAAAAAGAGCCCGAGGUUUUCAACUAAUUUUGGUGUGGAAACGAGCUUGUAUGAGGCCAGUGCAGGAAAAAAAAGGUGAUGAUGUAUCAAGUAGAUUAACCACUUCAAUUUGCUGUSUCAUAUCUUUAUAGUGCCAGAUAUUAAUAAAAAAUAUGUCCUGGGUAGUAAUAUUUAAAGGAAUAUGAAACGAUGGUUUUCAUGGUUCCUUUGAUUGCAGUCACAAAUCUCAUCUGCUGUAUUGGAAGUAAAGCCACAUCAGACUUUUUCAGAACUCAUCAGGAAAAGACUAUUGAUACUGUGAACCCUCACAUGACAGUCAUUGUUUGCUGCACAACAAUAAUAAGGGCAAAAUAUGUUACUUUGUGAGUUUUUACUGAAUCUGUCUGUUUUGUUUUUCCUUGGUGUGGUUUCUGUUAAUGUAUGUCGGUAUCCCCUGUUGUUAAAAUAAACCCUCUUUCCUUUUAUACA